UUGUUUAGAACUAAAUUAGAGCGGUUCGAAGAAAUCAGAGCGAAAUUUUUAAAGGAGGUAAAAUUCUGUCGCUUGGAAGACGACUACCUCGCCGAAUAUAAGGCGGAACUAGAACAGUUAGCCCAAGAGAAAAUGGCGCAUGUUGAAGAGCUUCGUCAGAUAAACAGCGAUAUUAAUCAGCUCGAGACGACAAUUAAGCAAACUCAGGUUGAACAACAAAGAGCUGUGGAAUCUGCACGUCAUAUUUUAGCUGAAAUAUUGCCGCUUCGGGACGAAAUCAACUCUUUGAGGUUGAAUUUAGGCAAGGAAGCUUUGCCGGAAAAUAUUAUAAAUAUGGAGUAUGUGUCAGCUCUUCUGCAGUUGGAACAACAAAACAGCUCUUCUCGUCUUCCUCGUGCAUGGUCUGUGGACGCGCUGAUGCUUCCUCAGAAUUUCAGUUACGCAAAGGACGAAUGGAGCGGUCGAAGUGCGAUGACCGGCUUAUGUGAGCCACAGGCCAGCGCUGCUUGUCAGUCUGUGUCGCAGAUGGACAUUCCGUCUGCAGCUGGAUUUUGUAAGCAGCAACCUCCGCCAAUGAAAAUCUGUGGAAGUUGUCAGCAGCAAAUCCAUCGAAAUGCGCCGAUUUGUCCGCUUUGCAAAUCGAAGAGUCGUUCCCGCAAUCCGAAGAAACCGAAAGCGCGAAAGUCCGAUGACUGA